AUGGAGGAUAAAAGGAUCACAAUCACAAACAAGCGUGGAAAGAAGAAGAUCCACCCACUAAGCAGCCUAAGCAUAGGCGGCGAAGGUGGGAUUGUGGGGCUUCUUGUGUUUGGUGGAGCAUUGGCCAUUGCAGGUUUCAUGGCAGUUGCUUCUUUUGCAAGCAAAAAACGCAAGGGGAAGGGCACCCAUGAUCACCAACCUAAACCUAAACAGCAACAUAUAUUGUUGGACCAAAACGGGUGUAAGAGUGAAGAAGAUCAUGAAAUCACCCAAACUCUGACCUCUCUUCUUCAGCAUUCAACAAUCCAUCAUGAGGAUGCCACAUGCUGUUGGACAUCCAAUAAAAGCAUCGACCAAGAGGAGAAAAUCGAGCUUAAACCCAGUAGCGUAGAGGAGAGCCCAACCCACUUUAAGGAUCAGCAAACGGUGUUUUCUGACAAUUCGCACCCAGAAAAUGCGGUGUCGUCCAACCAAAGUGGGGUUGCGGAAGAAUGCUUGAUGCCAUUGUUACACAACUCCAGUGGCCAAGCACAAGAGGUGGAAAAAGAUGAAGCUCGAGAUGGGCUAACAUCCUCAGAAACGGAGGAUGAUGAUAAUGAGGAAGACGUUGAUGAUGACGACGACGACAUGAUGUCCGAUAAUGUUUCAGAGAUUGGCGAAGAAGAUAGCUCAAAAGAAAUAGCAACCACGUCCCUGUCCCUGAAUUACAACAAGGAACAAGUUUGGCAUGCGGAUCGAAAAUUCAAGGGAGAAUACUGUGAUAGUCAAGUUUGCAAUGACUCUGAUGAAGAUGACACUGACUAUGGUGGUGAUGAUGAGGCUGUGAUAGUGGGAAAGGAAGCAAGUUUGAACGAAAAAGUGAAGUUUUCUAUGGUGGCGAAUAGUGAGGCUUCAAUAAUAAGAAGCUGGGUUUUUCCCUUGCUGUUGCUGGCGCUGGUGUUGCUCUUAGUUCUACUGACUCGACGCCCACAAGAAUCAUUUUAUGUUCUUGAUGAUAGUAAUUCAGUAUUAGUCCCGUGA